AUGCUGUGCUUCAGGCGUUCCCAGCAACGUAUCCUUUGGUCUUUUGCUAAAAGUAUUCCCAAAUUCCCACAACCCAGUUUAUCGCAUAGUCGAAAAUUUUAUGGGAGAGGAUAUAGCUUUGAUCCGGUUCCCUUUUUCAAAGAUUUUCGAUCCACAACUACGGAGAUAAUUUCGUGCUCGGUUGGCAGCUUGCAUUUGCAGUUGUGUGGUUUCAUAUGUUCCCAUCAUGUUCAAGAUGUUGGAGGUCUGUUGUUUUUAAAUGUUAAUGUUAAAGAAUUCGCUGCUUCGGAAAACGAUUUCAAAAUGUUUGGUCGUAGAUGUUGUUCGUCGUUUUCAAUAAGGCAAAUGACUCAGUUGGCAGCGCGAUUCUGUGCAGGAAAAAAUGUUGUACAUGUGGUGGAUCCAGUCGUUGACUUACGACAUCGCUUUGAUGAUAAGGAUGGACUUUCACAAAUGCUUAAAGCCAGGCGAGAUUUUUUAAAAUUUUUUCAUUGCAGCUGUGCUCAUGAUUUAAACUGUGGAGACUUUGAAGGCUGUGGUGAUUUUAACUAG